AUGAGUUCAGAUGAUCAAUUCACAUCAAUUCAAUGGGAUAGAGAAGACAUAGAUAAAGAUAACAACAAAGAAGAACAUGAUAGUACAGAAAUCAGUAACAACAACAAUAAGAGUAGCAUAAAUCCUAUAGCUGAGGAGGGAUCUUUGGAAUCCGAACAACAAUCAGAAAAUAAAGAACCAACAGUUGGAACAAAUGAAACUCAAGAACUUAAAGAUGAUAAGGACAAUUCUGAAGUUGAUGAUCAAGUAAUUGAUAAAUUGGAGUCAACACAUUUAAGUGACGAAACUAAGGAUAAAAGAAAUGAAUCCUACGAAAGUAACAACAGCAAUAGUAGUAAUAAUAGUGGAUCUACUGACCAACCAAGUGAUUCAUUAUUAUUAUCUCCUCCAAAUCAAGAAUCUAAAUCUCCAAAGGAAUCAUCAUCUAGAAAUGACGAGGCGGGACCAAUUGGUUCACCAAAACCGUCGUCAAGUAAUGACAAACAUUCAAGUGAACCUCCUCAAUUAGAACAAGAACACCAGCCAAAACAACAAGUAGUAAGAGAAGAAGAAGAGGAAGAAUUAAUUGAGACACCAAAAGGUUAUGUUGAUAUAUCUUAUUUUGAAAAAUAUGCCAUUAAAACUUCAGUUACUCAUCCUAACCGUGAUCUAGAUGCAGCAUCAAAGCCAUUCAUUUCCUAUUUAGUCACUACAACUACGAAUAAUCCAUCGAUUUUAAAACUAACCAAAGACAAAAAACCAAAAGAUGGUGAAGAAUAUUUGAGUUUCAGUGUACGUAGAAGAUAUGGUGAUUUCAGAUAUUUGUAUGAGAGUUUAAGUAAUGAUUUCCCUACUGUGAUGAUACCUCCACUACCUUCAAAACUGAACUUCAAGUAUUUAACGGGUGAUACUUUUAGCUCAGAGUUUGUUCAUAAAAGAUUACAUUCUUUAGACAGAUUUGUUCGUUUCAUUUUGCAACACAAGAUAUUGUCUCAACUGUCGAUCUUUCACUUGUUUAUAAGUGAUUCAAAUGAUUGGGCUACAUUUACAUCCUCAUUAAAAAUCAAAGACUCUGGAGAUGAUUCUGGAUUUGUUGGUAAAGUUGUCAAUGAGGAUUUGAUCACGGAAACAGUGAUGAAUUUUUUGACUCCAUCCAAGCAUAAAAAGGAAACAAAUAGAGAUAUUUUGGAAAUUAAUGAUAAAUUAAAGAAAUUAUAUGAGAAUUUGCUUAAAUUAGAUAAGAUAUUUUCCAAAUUGAAUAAGAAAAAUCAUGAGUUGAGUGUUGAUUAUGAACUAUUCCUGAAUCAAAUUGUUAAAUUGUCCACUAGAGAAGAUGAAGAUGCGAUUGAUUCUAAUUACAAAAUAUUUGCUCAAUGUUUAUCUGAGUUUUCGAAGAAUUGGGAUUCAUUAUACCGUUUCUAUAAUGAGACAUUUAUUGUUACCUUGAAAGAUAGUGGGAAAUAUAUCAUGAGUUUGACAAAUUUAAUUCAAAUCCAACACAACAAACAAAUUGACUUGCAAGUGUUGCAUGAUUAUUUAAAUAAGACAAAGGCAGAAUUAUUAAGUCUUGGUGGAAAUAUCAACCAAGGCGCUCCACCAUCACCACAUCCGCAUAAUCAAUCAAGUGGAGGAAUUGUCAACAACACUACCCAAUUAAUUAAAGAUACUUUGUCAACAUCUGCUACUCCUCAUAUUGGAUCUAGUUCAAGUGAUAGCAAAAUUCAAAAAUUAGAAAAUAAAAUUCAAGAACUUAAUAAAGAAAUUAGAAAAGAAAGCGAAUUAUUGACUGAAUUGAUUAAUCAAAUUGUAAUUGAGUUUGGUAAUUUACAAAAUUUCAUCAAACUGGAAUUAAAAAAUUCCAUGAUUGCCUUGUGUGAUCAAAAUAUUUCAUUUUAUCAACAGUUGCUUCAAAAAUACGAAGAGCUGGAAAUGAAAUUAAUGAAAAGAUUAGAUGAAAAUAAUUAA